AUGGGAGCUUCAGUGAAUACGCCAUCACCUACCCACCUGAACCACAAGGCUACAAGCUUAUUCAUGGCUUCUUCUUCUUCUUCUUCUCCUCUGUUCAGUCCCUCCUCAGAUAAGCGCUUCUGGAGUUCUCUCCGCAGCCGGAUCGACACUCUUCUCGACGAUCCCAGCUCCAAAAUCCCAACUGCCCAAAACCCACCAAAUGCUGAUCCCUCUCCACCAGUUCAAAUGAAUGUUGGAGGAUUGAAGCGUGCAAAAGCAACGAAGGAAGACUCGUUGCUUUUGAUGAGAGGCUUUGACUCCAUAGCUCACACUUUGUCUCAGCUGUCCAACACUUUAGAGACUGCUCUUCAGGGAGCCAACGAUCUAGCUAAGCCACCCACAUUAACAGAGAUAUUCCAUGGCCACCUCAACAAAUCUGAGAGUAAAGAGAAGGACACAGAAGAUCCCCAUGUAGGACUGAAAAGGAAGUUUGACAACAGCCAUUACUCAGAGGAACAAGGAGACGACUCAAAAAAGGAAAAUGAGCAAGACCCCAAAGAUGGGAAGCUGAAGAAAGCUAAAAAUCUUGCAAUUUCUAUGGCAACCAAAGCAGCUUCGUUUGCCAGGGAACUGAAGUCAAUAAGGUCGGAUUUAUGCUUUAUGCAAGAGCGCUGUGCUCUGCUGGAGGAGGAGAACAGGAGGCUCCGAGAUGGAUUGCAUAAAGGGUUGAGGCCUGAUGAAGAUGAUCUGGUGAGGCUUCAAUUGGAGGCACUGCUAGCUGAGAAAUCAAGAUUAGCAAAUGAAAAUGCAAAUCUGGUUAGGGAAAACCAAUGCCUCAAUCAACUUGUGGAGUACCACCAGCUAACCUCCCAUGACGUCUCUGCUUCAUAUGAACAAGUUAUACAGGGGUUGUGCAUAGACUUCUCGUCUCCACCACGACCGAUAGCAGAAGAGGCAAAUGAAGAUGAUGGUGAUAAUGAAGUUUCUCAAACACCCCAAACCAAUCUUUUUGGCUUCUCUGACCCUCGUGUGGAUGUGUGUUCUCACGAAGAUCAUUAG